AUGUGGUUAGUAGAUUUUAUUCAAAUUAAAAAUAAAUGGAAAGAAAUUGAUAAUGGGCAUAGUAAUUGUUGUGACAAAAAUUGUAUAAAUACAAACAAACCUACUGGUAAUUGUAUUAUAGGAAAUGGAUUUGGAAAUUUAAUUGAUGAUGAAAAUAUUAAAUAUAUUUUGGGGAAAGGAGGUUGUGAUAGGGAAUUUAAAGUUUAUGCAGAAAAUUUGUUCAAAAAGCCUCAGAAUUGUUUUAAACAUUCUUUAUAUUAUUUUGAAAUUAAAUGUAUAUUUGAAGGAGAAAAGGGAGGAAAUUGUAUGUGUAUUGGACUUAAAAAUUUAAGUACAAAUAAAUCUAUUUACUAUUCUGCAACGAAUUCCUUAAUUUAUAACGAGAAAUUUAUACCAUUUAAACCUUCCAUACUCUUAAAUAAUAACGAUAUUUUUGGUUGUGGAUUAAUUUACCCUCCAACUAAUAUGACUAAUGAAUUUCCUUAUAUUUUCUUUACUCAAAAUGGAAAACAAAUUGGUAAAGGUAUAAUAUUGAAGGAAAAUUUCAACUUAUAUAAACCAUGUAUUUGGCUGAAUGGGUUUUCAAUUGAAGCUAAUUUUGGAAAUGAUUUGAAGACUAAACCUUUUAAAUAUGAUAUUUCAAAACAUUUAGUUAUUAAAGAAUUUUAUUGA